CGUGAAUUGGCCCAGGGCAGCUGUGGAUACAGAUGUAGUUUACCACCCCAGUGUUUGAGUGAGUGAUGGCUUCGCUUCAUUCUGAGGUGCUUUGGGUGUUUGGGAAGCUAUCAAAAUCGAAUCCGUGAUUUUUAUUCCAAAUCACAUUCAGUCCACAUUUUUGCCAAGACUUGUCCUUUUUCAGGUGGUGCUCGCUGAUGGAGCCUCGUUCACUUCCGUUACUUUCAGAAAAUAAAAAAGCACUUUUUGCUGGCGUUUGCGACCUCGUGACUUUCCCCCGCGCGCACAUGACAGCCAUUACGGCCCGCUCAUUGAAGGCCGCUCGUCCCCCAUUCACCCUGCAUGUGACACCGCGGCGGGGCGGGUCCGUUAGCAUGUGCUGAAGUGCCGAGCGGGGAACGCCGGGACGGGGGCGCUCAAGAGGAUUUUCCAUCUUAACUGUCAGAAACAGUCAAGCCACCUGCAGGUGAGCUUUCAUGGGGGGGUUGCAGGAUGCCUCCCAAAGUUACAUUCAAGCACUUUGAAAACGGAAAGGAGUCGCGAGAAGCGCAUCUGAUUUAUUUAACGCUUGAGUGAAGUGGGGUCACCGUGGGGUCACGGCCCCCACGCUAAAAACAAUAAUGUGACACGUCGGUGUUGCUCAUCUUCACCCGAAAUCCUCUUCGGCGGGAUUAGCAAGACGGCGUCCAUUGAAACGCUCCAGGCUGCGGCGCCCGCUUUGUCCCGCUUUGUCCCGACUUCCACCCAACGACGCUGCUUCCUGCUGCGACGCUCUCUCUCUGAAGACUACAAACGGCGGUGACGCUCUCGCUGCCGGUUUAACAUUUCCACGGCGACACCCUCUCAGCGGGAGGAUCUCCUUGGCGACGCCCCGCGCCGACACGCCUGGGGGGUGGCCGUUGUCUUUUUGAAGGCAGGUGCGUCCUGCUCCGUCUGUCUCUGCGUGGGAACAUCUACGCCGCCUGAUAAGCGCAUCUGAGAGAGUUUUUGUUUUUGAAGCCCAAGGCCGCGGCCCGAGGAGGGCCCUGAAUGCAGCGUCCACUUUCACCUGAGUGAGUCAGACACGGCAGACCUUCAAGCAGCCAUGGAGGACUUUGGAGCCCAAACAGCCCAGAACCUGCAAGUGGACCACAGGAGGCUUGUCGGGCACACCGAGCCGCCAAGAAGUGUCUCACCCAGGGAGGGCGAACGCUUGGUGCGGCAGAUCCUGCACGGGCACGGCCACGAAACGGCGGCCCAGCGGUACAGCGCCACUCGCAUCCAGGCCGGCCUUGGCCCCGAGAGCAUGGCAGAUUACCUAAUCAGCGGCGGUACAGGAUACGUCCCCGAGGACGGACUCUCGGCCCAGCAGCUCUUCUCCAUCGGAGAUGGCCUGACAUACAACAGAUGUGACCGACAAGCGUGUGUUGUCUCCGACGGUCAAACGGCUGAAGAGCUUUGCUCUAAAGGAGAUGGGUUGACGUACAACGACUUCCUGAUUUUACCUGGCUUCAUCGACUUCACCUCCGACGAAGUGGACCUAACGUCAGCACUGACCAGGAAGAUCACGUUGAAGACCCCCCUCAUCUCCUCACCCAUGGACACCGUCACAGAGUCGGCCAUGGCCAUCGCAAUGGCGCUAAUGGGAGGCAUCGGCUUCAUCCACCACAACUGCACGCCUGAAUUCCAAGCCAAUGAGGUCCGCAAGGUCAAGAGGUUCGAGCAAGGUUUCAUCACAGACCCGGUGGUGAUGAGUCCGCGCCAAACGGUCGGCGACGUGCUGGCGGCCAAAGUGCGACACGGCUUCUCGGGAAUCCCGGUCACCGAGACGGGCAAGAUGGGCAGCAAGCUGGUGGGCAUCGUCACCUCCAGAGACAUCGACUUCCUGUCUGAGAAGGACCACAACAAACCUUUAGCGGAGGCAAUGACAAAGAGGGAAGAGCUGGUUGUCGCACCGGCUGGCGUCACCCUGAAAGAAGCCAAUGACAUCCUGCAGCGCAGCAAAAAAGGCAAGCUUCCCAUCGUGAACGACAACGACGAGCUGGUGGCCAUCAUCGCCAGGACCGACCUGAAGAAGAACAGGGACUACCCGCUGGCCUCCAAAGACUCCCGCAAACAGCUGCUGUGCGGUGCCGCCAUCGGCACCCGGGACGACGACCAAUUCAGGCUGGACCUCCUGGUGCAGGCGGGUGUGGACGUGGUGGUGCUGGACUCGUCACAAGGCAACUCCGUGUUUCAGAUCAACAUGAUCAAUUACAUCAAGCAGAAGUAUCCUGACUUGCAAGUGGUGGGAGGAAACGUGGUGACGGCGGCUCAGGCUAAGAAUCUGAUUGACGCCGGCGUGGAUGCGCUGCGGGUCGGCAUGGGCUGCGGCUCCAUCUGCAUCACGCAGGAAGUCAUGGCGUGCGGGCGGCCCCAGGGGACCUCCGUGUACAAGGUGGCCGAGUACGCCCGGCGCUUCGGCGUGCCCGUCAUCGCCGACGGUGGCAUUCAGACGGUGGGCCACGUGGUGAAGGCGCUGUCGCUUGGAGCGUCCACCGUGAUGAUGGGCUCGUUGCUGGCGGCGACCACCGAGGCUCCCGGCGAGUACUUCUUCUCUGACGGCGUGCGGCUGAAGAAGUACCGCGGCAUGGGUUCACUGGACGCCAUGGAGAAGAGCACCAGCAGCCAGAAACGCUACUUUAGCGAGGGCGACACGGUGAAGGUGGCGCAGGGGGUGUCGGGCUCCGUGCAGGACAAGGGCUCCAUCCACAAGUUUGUACCGUACCUCAUAGCCGGCAUUCAACACGGCUGCCAGGACAUCGGAGCCAAGAGUCUCUCUGUGCUCCGGUCCAUGAUGUACUCCGGAGAGCUCAAGUUUGAGAAGAGAACCAUGUCUGCACAAGUGGAAGGGGGCGUUCAUGGACUCCACUCUUACGAGAAGCGUCUUUACUGAGGACCAGCACUCCACGUGACCUUAUUUAAAAGAGACCAAACGUUUAACCGCCACACCUGCGACCACCACGUCCAAACAGACGCUCCCUCCGGGCCUCAGACCACACCCGACGUUGGGGCGCUUUGCACUCAAGAAGCGGCGCAUCAGGGUUUCCCCAAUCGCGCAAACACACACAAACACACACACACACACACACACACACGCACACAAGCGCACAUUAGAGUGUUAUGUUGUACGACAUCUUGUCCCCCCCCCCCCGGCGCUGCCCACAAUCAGCAGCACCACAUCCAGCGUCCCAUCUCACGUUUAACGUGGCGACGCAACGGGACCAAAAAGUGAACAUCAGGUAUGUUUUUCCACGAGUGACGACUUGUUUAUCCUAGAAAACGAAAGAACUUGUACGGCCCCAAGCAGGGGUGCUUUAGGAGAUCUUCACGGUGUUUUGAUAUGCAUGUUUUCUUUUUUCCAUGGGCCAAACACGGCUGUAUUUUUAUUGCGCGUUGUUGUACUUACUGCCAAGUCUAUUUAUACGUCCUCUUUUUGUAACCUCUAAACCAAAUCCAGCGCCUGUUACCUACCUUGUAUCGCGCUCAUUGGUUCUUUUUUAAGUUGGUGUUUACCUGACAGACUCCUCGAGAAGUGGGCGGGUUUUUCUGUUUUCUGUUUGGCUCUUCGUCUGGGUUGCAAAGAACUGCGAGGCGCGUUUGGGGUUUUGGACUUGAAGACGACUUUUUGGAAGGCUGACUUGUGCUCGACCCUGCGACGGGUCCGCUCGACUCACGCAGAGAAACCAUGUCACUUGGAAAGACUUCCCACGCCCACAGACCUUUUAAGCGUUGUUGCUGGAGUCCUGGAUUGAAACUCUUUAGAAUUCAGUAUUUUUUUUGGUGGGCGGGGGGUGGGGAGUUAUUGUGACACAACAUGUUUACUCUACAAAGACGUUUUUUUUCCUUUUCAGUUUGG